CCGUUGGGGAGGGAGUGGCGCAGCGAGAGCGGAGUGGCGCCGCGAGAGCGGGCUGCCGCGAGGCCAUGGAGAGGGGUCACGCGGGUCUGGGGUCGCGUGAGGGCUUGGCGCCGGAGGAGGAGCUCGAGCCCCCGGGGGCCGCCUCGAGCGGAGACAGCGGGAACGUGUCCCAGAGCCACAGCAGCGCCUCCGGGCUCUGGGAGGAGGAGGAGGACGGCGAGCGGGACGGGCGGCGGCCCAGUCGGGACCGCGGAAUCUCCUGCGAUGCCGUCGGCUUGGACCUGCCCCUGCUGCAGCGCGCGGCCGCCGGCUACGCCGCCUACCUGCUGCCGGCGGCCGGGGAGGGAGGCGGCCCCGAGAUAGAAGCUUUAGACAGGAGUCUUGAAGACCUACUAACUAGAGUUGAUGAAUUUGUUGGGAUGCUAGAUAUGAUUCGAAGUGACUCCUCACAAGUAGUCAAUGAAAGUGUACCUCACAUUCACACCAAAGCCACUGAAAUGAGUGAGAUAUAUAGAAAGAUUGACAAAUUGGAGGCCUUUGUUAAAAUGAUUGGAAAUUGCGUGACUAGAAUGGAGGAGCAAGUGACAAAAGCAGAAGCAGAACUUGGGACAUUCCCCAACACAUUAAAGAAACUUUUGCACACAAUUAAUGUGCCAUCCUUCCUUAAUAAGUCGUAUUCUACAAAGCAACAACAAACUGUCUAUGAACCUCCUAUCCUUUUCAGGACAGAAGACUAUUUUCCUUGUUGCAAAGAAGGACCUCAAGCAUGAUAUUGCACAAUACAACUACUUAGGAAAAGAUUUAUAUCGAAGGAGAAGUUCUUAUCUUGAAGAGAUUAUUAUUAUACAUAUCUACUACUUAGUGUAUUUAAAGUUUUGUGUAUAUUCAACAAGCAGUAUCUUAAAACAAUUUUUUUCAUUUUGUGCAGAAUGCAUAGUUUCCCAUGUCUUCCAAUUCUAAAUCUCUUUAAAUGGGGGAGUAAAAUGAGUAAACAUUUCCUUAUAAGUAUCAAAAUUGCUACUUUUAUAUUUAUAUCAUCCUUAUGUGUCAACAGUAUUAUCUUUUAAGACUUACCUUCACAAGGUCUUAAAGAAAAAACUACUGAAGCAUUAAAAAACAUUAUUUAUUGACAUUCUUAAUGGUUGACAGUCUUCCUGGUAGUCUAUUUUUUUAAUGAAAUGUAAAUUGACAUGAGUUAAGCUUUCUACAUUUUGACUGUAAAUUCUGCAAGACUAUUGUAAUUAAUUUUGAAAAUUAUAUUGAAACAGCUAUAAUCUUUAGUUUGUAAAUGACUGUACACAGUUUGACUUAUAAUUUAAAUUGAAUUAAAAUUGAAGACUUAUCUACAUAGAUUUUCUCUUGAAGUGCUAUUGAGCAAGAACAUAGAAAACUUUUUAUAGAAGUUUUGUUUUAUCUUGGAUACAGAUUUUCUUUUCCUCAAUGGUAAGAAUAAAAUUUAAGAACUUCUAUAAAAGGUUUAUGUGAAAAAAAAUUAUACAGUUUAACUCUUAGCUAAUAUUUUAGAAAAAUCAUACAAUUCUUUCAAGUCAAAGGAUCACAGAAACAUUAGAAAAUUAGAAAGGACCUUGGAGGUCUAGUCCCCAUCCCUCCAAUGAAGAAACAAUUGCACUGGGCUUCAAAGUAACUAAAGUCACAAAACCAAUUAGUGGAAGAUACUUAUAUAAGUAAAGGAGAAAAAAACCUGUACUUUCCACCCUAAAGAAUAGGCUUUGCAUUCUUUUUUUUUUUUUGGGGGACUUUGCAUUCUUAAAAUAAGAUUGGAGAGUUGGAAGAGACUAACUCCCUUAUAGAUACGGAAACUGAAGCACAGCAUUUUUGUGACUUGCCAAAGGCCUUACAAGUAGUAAGUAGCGGAAUAUUCUAAUUCCAAAACCAGUGAUAUGCUAUAUCAUACCUUUUCAGUUUACUGUCUUGUGAUUACAAGAUGGACCUCCUUUACAAUAGCUAAGAGUCCUUUCUGUAUAAUAGAUGUCAGCUUCCAUUUCACAGCUUGUUCUACUUUUCAAUGAAGAGGACAAACAGGUGCCUGGGUCGAUUCUAGUAAUUGCAAAUAGUACUAGUGCAAAUAGAACUAGGAUGUCAUUAAGACUUUAUACUUUUCUAAGUAAUUGUUACUGUUUGAUACUUUAGCCACUAUUCACUAUGUCCUCAUUUUGUUCUCAGUAAACUUUUUGGCAGUUUAAUAAAUAAAUACAUUGAUUAAUUAA